UAUAACCAGGAGAGGAGAUCCACUCUGGACCAGGAGGAGUUAGAACCUCUGCAGGUGAAACAAGAACAGGAAGAGCCAGAAGAUCAUCAGAUAAAAGAAGAACAGAAGGAUCUAGAACACCUGCAGAUAAAAGAGGAAGAGAAAGAAGUUUACUGCAGUCAGAGGGAAGAACAGAUUGAAUUAAAACAGGAGACUGAUACCUGCAUGGUGGUUCCUGUUGAUGAGCAAACAUACCAAACUGAGUCAGAACCAAACAGAAACCAAGACAUCUUCCAAGAGCCUGAUGAAACUGAGAACAAAAAUCAGGAAAGAAGAAAAUUUUUAUGUGUGACCUGUGGAAAAAAUUUUAGUGUAAAAUGGCACUUAACUCGGCACAUGAUGAUUCACACUGAUGAAAAGCCAUUUUCAUGCGUGAACUGUGGAAAAAGUUUUCGUAAAAAACUAAAUUUAACUCGGCACAUGAUGAUUCACACUGGUGAAAAGCCGUUUUCAUGUGUGAACUGUGGAAAAGGUUUUAUUCAAAAACCGGCAUUAACUCAGCACAUGAGGAUUCACACUGGUGAAAAGCCAUUUUCAUGUGGUAACUGUGGGAAAAGUUUUAGUCAUAAACUGUGUUUAACUCAGCACAUGAGGAUUCACACUGGUGAAAAGCCUUUUUCAUGUGGGAACUGUGGAAAAAGUUUUCGUAAAAAACUAAAUUUAACUCAGCACAUGAUGAUUCACACUGGUGAAAAGCCAUUUUCAUGUGUGAACUGUGGAAAAAGUUUUCGUCAAAAACAAGAUUUAACUCAGCACAUGAAGAUUCACACUGGUGAAAAGCCGUUUUCAUGUGUGAACUGUGGAAAAAGUUUUGGUAAAAAACAAAAUUUAACUCAUCACAUGAUGAUUCACACUGGUGAAAAACCGUUUUUAUGUGUGAACUGUGGAAAAAGUUUUAGUCAAAAACGGGCAUUAACUCAUCACAUGAUGAUUCACACUGGUGAAAAGCCGUUUUUAUGCGUGAACUGUGGAAAAAGUUUUAGUCAAAAACAGAGUUUAACUCAGCACAUGAUGAUUCACACUGGUGAAAAGCCUUUUUCAUGUGGAAUCUGUGGAAAAAGUUUUAGUCAAAAACAAACUUUAAUUUAUCACGUGUUGAUUCACACUGGUGAAAAGCCGUUUUCAUGUGUGAACUGUGGAAAAAGUUUUCGUCUAAAACAGCAUUUAACUCGGCACAUGAGGACUCACACAAUUGAAAAGCCGUAGAAGUAUUUUUCCAUUUGUGUCUCAUGUUGAGGUUCACUAUUAAAUGUAUUUGGUUAAAAACUAAAAUUAAUGACUGGAGGGAUUUCAUGUCUAUACAUUUUGACAUUUGGAUAUUUAGACAUGUGAAACAUUUUCCGUGAGAGAUGUGGUUUUUUUUCUAUUCUGCAUCAAAUAUCAUGACAAACUGUAUUCUUAUUCUAUAAACAAUUC